CAAGAUUCAAGGAGUACGCCGAGACAAAGAUUGAAAACUGCCAAGCAACAAACACCCCUCACAUGUUUGCAAUGUUGUCACAAAGCCAUGCGAAUAUUUAUCUCAUACAAUAUGUGUGAGCCUGGUAUGCCAAGUGGGGAUGAGCUAUUUAUAGAUGUUCCGCCAUUGUUAUUUUAGUGCUUGGCGGGAAUACCCCUCCGAAAUGUUGGGUGUAGUUGCUGAAAAUACCUUGGGUAAAAAGAAAAAUAACAAGAAUGCUGUAGCCAAGAAAAUGUCGCUGAGCAGUGCGUGAUUUAUAUAAAGAGUGUCCGAUACAGGAAACGUAGCAUUUUCGCAAUAACUGAUUUCUUCUUUUGCAAGACACUUUUGAUUUGUGGAUUGUGAACAUAUACCCUCAAGACAAACACCUUCGAACGAAAAACAACCAUACCCGACACAACCGACGCAUCCGACAUGCCGAGCCAUCGCGCCGUGUACCCAAGUGCGUACGACGAGGACCCAUAUGCCCGAUACAGCGGCCCACCUCCACCCCAAAACCCCUACCACCACCGUCCCGCAUACCCCAGUCCCCGUGAGUACGAAGAUGAUGGAUACGAACCCAGACGAGCAUACCCGCCUGUGCACCACGCACCCAACUAUGACCACGAAUACGACCGUCCGCAGUAUGACCGUCAACCAAGAGGACCUCCACCACCACGGGCGCGACAGGAAGCAUGGACACCUCCCGAGGGCGCCAAGAAAGGGAAGAAAGAAAAGAGAGAUAAAAUAGAGCGAUACGAGGAGGAACCCAAACCGAGUGAUGAUAAUGUCAAGAAUCGGAAAUGCCAUGAUGUGUUUUGGCUCAUUUUGUUUAUCAUUGCUUUUGGAGCCAUGGUUGCGAUUGGAUACUAUUCAAUUCGGUACGGAAACGUCAAUCGUCUCUUAUAUGGUCGGGAUUCAGAGGGUAACCUCUGUGGAUCCAUCAAUGGUACUGAUUCCGCCCGUGAUCUUCGUAACGAAACGUAUCUCUACUAUUUUGACCUUGACGUGAACAACACGUACAAGAGGUGUGUCUACGAGUGUCCUCAGCACACGGCUGACUACAAUUAUAUUGUGUGUCCAUAUGACAUUUCACCUGCAUCCGACGUCCAAGGUCGGAUGUGGCAGGUUGGAAAUGGAACAUGUACCCUUACGCUUCAAUCUGAAGCCGUUUUGCAUCGGUGUAUACCCACGAUUUUGUUGGCGGACAUUCGAGCGGCUGCGAAUGCAACAUACUACAAUCAAACCUUCCAGUCGACGGCGUCGCCAAAUUGGGGGAAAACACUCUCAUUAGAUUUCAAUGGUCGAGACGUUGCUACAAUGAUUUUCCAAGACCUUGCUGAAAAUUGGUGGGUCAUUUCGGUCUGUGUUGGAGCAGCAUUCAUCUUGUCGGCGACAUGGUUGUUGCUUCUGCAGUUCUUUGCGGGGUUCCUUGUUUGGUUCACGAUUUCGCUGGUGUUGCUUGCUGGAUGGGGUCUGGCGGGGUACUUUAUUUAUAAUUACUUGAGAAUUACGGUGUUGCAUCAAGGGUUCUUGGGGACUGGAUUUGGGCAAGUGGAUGCGGCCCUUUACAAUGAGAAGCUGUUAUUGACGUUGGGUUGUGUGAUUGGUGGUAUCGCCCUCAUCCUUACCCUCAUCAUCCUAUGCAUGCUCCGUCGAAUUCGUCUUGCGGUCCGAAUCAUCAAAGAAGCAAGCACAUCCAUGAAAGCCAUGCCCAUGAUUGUUUUCUUCCCGUUCUUUAAGUACCUUGUGCUCCUUAUCUGGAUGGUUGUGUUUAUCGGCGUGAUGGCCCUCCUUGCCACAUCGGGUGACGUGAUUGCCGGUGCAGUAGAAGCAGAUAUUAAUGAAGGAUUGAGCAAUAUUGGGAAGCAUUACUCGUCAUCGGGGACGUUACAGUACCUGCAAGUGUAUUUCGUGUUUGGGUUCUUGUGGGUUUACAACUGGAUUGUCGCGAUCGGGCAGUGCACAGUUGCUGGAGCCAUUGCGUGUUGGUACUGGGCCCGAGACAAGAAAGCCCUUCCUUCCCUCCCUGUUCUCAAAUCCUUCGGUCGGACCCUCCGAUACCACCUCGGUUCGCUGGCGUUUGGUUCACUCAUCAUUGCCAUCGUUCAGUUGAUACGUCUCCUGAUUGUUGAGGCGCAACGACGGGUCAAGGGAACAGGAAACAAGGCAGCACAAUACUGUUUGUGCUGUCUCCAGUGCUGCUUCAAGUGCAUUGAAAAGCUGUUGAAAAUGUUGACAAAGAAUGCAUACGUUGAGAUCGCCGUCUAUGGAUACAGUUUCUGUACGGCCGCAAGGAUGGCGUUGGAGAUUAUCGCUGCGAAUGCACUUCGCAUCAUCAUUGUCAACAAAGUCAGCAAUUUCCUCAUCUUCAUCGGCAAACUCGCUGUUGUGUUUAUCACAGGUCUUGGAGGUCUCGGCCUAAUGGUCUACCUCGAAAAGGACACCGAAGUCUUCGCCAACUAUGCCGUUCCCCUCGUGUUUAUCAUUAUCUUCUCCUACAUCACCGCAACCGCCUUCCUCUCCACUUUUUCGAUGGCCAUCACAACCAUUUUCAUUUCGUUUUGCGAAGACUCACAACGGAAUGAUGGUUCCAGGGAACGACCUUACUACAUGUCAAAGGGAUUGCAAAAGUUUGUGGAUAAACAUGCGCAUGAUAAACCGGUAGUGUAGGCUGACGAUGUGAUGGGGGAUGGGGGCAUUUUGUAUCGUGAAUUCGUUUGUUUUGAUAAAUGAGCUUUCGAGGGGAUUAUGCAGGAUACUUUGCUUUUGUCAGUCAAAAUGUGACAACGACUUGG